GGAUAUGACCCGCAAACCCUUCUCAAACACCAGGCCAUAAACAAAAGCAGAUAAACCAGAAGAGUUUCUUGAACCUUAGCAACAACCACAUCCAUGGCUUCCAUCAAACCAUUUUCAACCCUUUCUUCUCCAUUAAACCAAACCAUUCCUUCAUUACACAACUCAUCGUUUUCCUUCAAACCCAUCUCGUCUUCUUCGUCGUCAUCCGUAUCGCAAAGAGGUCAAGUUGCAGUCUCUGUAGCAUUCAAUCCAAGUGGGAACUUUGACCUCUCACUGUAUGAUGAACAAGAAAAUGUAGAACCAGCACCUCCACCGAUGCCUCCAAAAGACGGUCGAUAUGAAGUAGUCAUCGACAAAGACAUAAUUCGACGUCUAGAUAUGUCUUCGUUUUCUAACGCCACCGGAAUUACGACAACUUCAACGGUUGAUCCACGGGAAUUUCUUGAACGCACGAUCGGAUUCACAAUUAAUUACGACAGAGAAGAUGAACACGAUCCACGAGAACUAUCGGAAUUCCCUGAUAUAAGACUAUGGUUUGUUAGACUUGAUGCUGUAUAUCCAUGGCUUCCAAUCCUACUGGAUUGGCGAGCCGGAGAACUUGCACGCUAUGCAGCCAUGUUGGUGCCGCAUCAGAUGAGCAUGAGAAUGGGGGUGGUGUUCAAUCCGGAGGCAUUAGAAUUGUUCAUAAUGAAGAAAGUGUUUAUAUCGUACUCUUGGUUGAAAGAAAACGAUAUCCCGAAGCCGAGAUUGAAGGUUAUAAAUAUGGCAAGAAUGCUCGGGUUUGGAAUCGGUGAGGAACUGUUCGAUAUGAUUGAUCGACAUCCAGUUUCGUCUCCAUAAGUUUGGAUAUCGAUUGACAUUCAUUGUUCAUCUUCGUAAUUUGACCAUCAACUGAUCUAUCGACAUGUGUUUUUAUCUCCAAUACGAUAUUUCUCACAAACGAUAAGUCGCUUUCGGUAAUAUUUUUCGUCA